AUGGACGCGCUUGCGCUGAAUUUUUACUUUUUACGACUUUCUGGUCUGUGGUACGAAGAAAACGAAAGAUUCGGAUGUGCAAAAAAAAUGUACCGUUUCAUUGUAAUGGUGAUUAUUUUUUACGUAACUUUAACACUGAUUGCUAAAAUUGCUGUGAGUAACAGUAACAUCGGCGACCUGACAGAGUCUCAUUUUGUAGCUAUGAAGUACUUGGCGCUCUGCUUUAAGAUAAUUAAUUUUGUUUUCCGUCGAGACAAUAUCAUUAAAAUCAUAAGAGAAUUAAAAGUUGUUUACUGCAAAGCCAACAGUGACGAGGAGGCGAAGAUACUGGCGAAACAUGCUAAAACUUCAAAGUGGCUUUUUUUAUGUCUUAUGACUCUCUGUUCAUGCAACAUCUUGGUCUUUGUCUACUCUUGGUCAUCAAAGACAAUUAGCGAAAAAUACUCAUCACUGAUGACCUACCAAUUUUACGACACAUCGAAUCCAGAAAUCUUAUAUUUUACAAUCAGUUUUAAUAUACUAGCGAUCAUUUUUUGCGCUGUCAUCCACGUUUCCCUUGAUACCACGUUUGUUGGACUAUUCAUGGUGAUAACCGGACAGUUGGAGUUAAAUGCCUGUAGAAUAGAAAAAUUGAGUCGUGACGAUAUGCUCGACAUGAAGAGUUGUGUUAGCCAUAACAUCUUGAUUCGGGAAGUGACCAAAAAAGUGGAAUCUCUCGUCAUAGGAGUUGUCAUACCGUUUUUUUUGUUUGGCAUGGGAAUUGUUUGCACGAGCAUAUUUCAAGCUUCCAAGUACAAUCUCUUCAGCUAUAAUUUUGCUUGGAUUUGGGUUUUUGCUGUAAGCAGUUUGCAACAAGUAUUUAUAUAUUGUUGGUUUGGCAAUCAAUUAAUGUUGACGAUCGUGAAAAUGUCAUAUACUACUCUGAAUUUAUUGAAUCAAGUCUAUGAAAGAAAUUAG